UCCCCUGGGUGGUUCUCCUGCGGCAGCGAUAAACAGAGAAGGCAAAACUGAGAUGUCCUCUGCUUCCUGCUGAGAAAAGUAAAUAAUUAGAGCGAAUUAGGGAGCCGAGCGCCAACUUUUAGUCAAGAUGGCCUGCCGAAUGCCCCCAUGUGUGAUCGACGUCGGCACCGGCUACUCGAAGAUGGGCUUUGCGGGCAACAAGGAGCCGCAGUUCAUCGUGCCCUCGGCCAUCGCCAUCAGGGAGAACGCCAAGGUCGGCGAUCAGUCGGCGCGCAGAAUGACCAAGGGCGUCGAGGACCUCGACUUCUUCAUCGGGGACGAGGCGUUCGAGGCCACCGGCUACUCUGUCAAAUAUCCGGUCCGACACGGUUUGGUCGAGGACUGGGACUUGAUGGAGAGAUUCCUUGAACAAUGCAUUUUUAAAUAUUUGAGAGCUGAACCUGAGGACCACUACUUCCUCCUCACCGAGCCACCUCUGAACACUCCUGAGAAUCGAGAAUACACGGCUGAAAUCAUGUUUGAAUCCUUCAACGUUCCCGGGUUGUACAUCGCUGUGCAGGCUGUUUUGGCUUUGGCCGCCAGCUGGGCCUCUCAGAGUGCAUCCAACCGCACCCUGACUGGUAUCGUCGUCGACAGUGGUGACGGAGUCACUCACGUAAUCCCAGUCGCAGAGGGAUACGUCAUUGGUAGUUGCAUCAAGCACAUUCCCAUUGCAGGACGCAACAUCACUUAUUUCAUCCAGUCACUGCUGAGAGAGCGAGAGGUGGGCAUUCCCCCUGAGCAGUCUCUGGAAACCGCCAAGGCAAUCAAGGAGCGCUACAGCUACAUUUGUCCUGACAUCGCCAAGGAAUUCGCCAAGUACGAUUCCGACCCGUCAAAGUGGAUGAAGCGUUUCGACGGAAUGAAUGCAGUAACCAAACAACCCUUCGCAGUAGAUGUGGGAUACGAGCGCUUCCUUGGUCCAGAAAUUUUCUUCCAUCCGGAGUUUUCAAACCCGGACUUCACCACUCCAAUCUCGGAAAUUGUGGACACCGUAAUUCAAAACUGUCCGAUCGACGUGCGUCGGCCCUUGUAUCACAACAUCGUGCUGUCCGGAGGUUCAACCAUGUUCAAGGACUUUGGCCGACGCCUCCAGAGAGACAUCAAGCGCACUGUGGAUGCCAGACUGCGACUUAGUGAGACUCUUAGUGGUGGCCGAAUCACCCCUAAGCCAAUCGAAGUGCAAGUCAUCUCUCAUCACAUGCAGCGAUAUGCUGUGUGGUUCGGAGGCUCAAUGCUGGCUUCAACGCCAGAAUUUUACCAGGUGUGCCACACCAAGGCCGCCUACGAGGAAUACGGUCCCAGUAUUUGCCGGCACAACCCUGUCUUCGGCACCAUGACCUAAGGAGCAAUUACGGGUAAACCCGAGCAUUCCGCAAGAGCGCGUGUUUUUUAUCUUACUAUUAUAAUUUCUGGCUUUGUUACUGAUCUUUAUUACUAAAUACUAUUAUCGUUUAAAAGAGAGUUAUGCUAAAUAAAAAAAAAUUAUGUCAAUAUAAGAGAACACAAUAAACGAAGAGUACCAGAGAA